AUGAGUGAUUUAAACCGUAAAAUGAAAAAUCCACUGCUGACUGCAGCUGGUCAAGGCUUUCCGUUUGAAGAACAUGAAAUUCCAAAUUUGUUGAUACCUGUAGCACAACCUGUGUUAACCUCGCAAGAUGGUAAUGCAAAUCCUACGCCCUUUCCGAGUGGAAAUGAUGUGUUAUCUACCAUUGAACUUGAUAACAGAGAUGGAUCAAAUGGUACAAUAACAAAAACAGAAACUUUAUCGGAAAUAUCUCUGAAUGAUCAAUGCUACGAUGAGUCUUCUAGUAGAAGUUUAACCGAGAGUAUUGAUAGUUUAAAUUUAACUAGUAAUCCAACAACUCCACCAUUGUCAUUUCCAAUUGCAAAUACUAUACAAAAUUCAAGUUACCGCCUCGGAAAUCAAAGACGCCUAAGAUAUGUGCCACCACCGAACCUGACAUCAUCCCACCAAGCGCCAUUGCAGCCACCAAUAACCCAACCAUUCACUCCAGCUCCAGCUCCAGUAUCUCAGGAAAUUUUUACACCGACAGUAAAUCAACCGCCUCAAGCGCAACACGUACCUUCAGCUCCGCCAGUUCCAGCAGAAUUCGCUCCUGCGCAUGUACAAGAACGAGUUCCUCUAGUUCAACCUAAUCUCCCCCAAGUUCCAGUCAACACGCCACCCAGCGGGCUGUCGAAUUACUUCUCAGCUUCCAACCAGGACAACGACAUCUUCAGCAGUUGCUAUGCACCACCUCAGACUCAGAAUUUACUGAGCAAUUUCAAUGCAGCAAAUGAAGCAUUUCCCAGAAACCAAUCAACGAAUUCAAGCGUCGAUGUACAGAGUACCAAUUUUUAUUCCAGCAACAUAAAUUCUCCUUUUACAAGAGAUGAAAGCGACAACGAGAAACGUGAUCUAGUUACUGUAGACCAUCGAGGACCUCAAGAUCCAAUAAAACUUGAGGAUUCAUCAGCAACUCAAUCAAAUUUAUCUGUACAAAGUACUUUUUACAAUCCAGCUAAUUACAAUCCUCCUUGCCAGGUGCCAACACCUCCAAGCUUUUCAUUCGAUUCAGUCCAUGCGAGUCCUGGACUGGAGCAGCCUGCGUUUGUUAACUGUAUGAUGCCUGAGCCUACGGGCUCUGCUACGUUGAAUCCCACUCAGAUAUCCGUCAGCCAAUUGGCGCCUGGAAGAGUUCACACUGAAACAAUAAUUCCUGCAAGUCUGGAAAAUUUAGCGUCAGCUAAUAAAAUAAUGUACCGUCCAGUCUACUACCACUGGUUCCACUGCCGCGAGAUAGAGACCAAGAUCAUCUGGCAGCCGUUCUCCAUGCAUGACAGUCUCAACUUGGAGCAGGCUUUCAAUUCUACGGAAAUUAGCGCUGAGACGGUGAUUGCUACUGAUGGCGGCAGGUAUGAUGUGGAAAUAAUAAAGCGACAACGAAGGCCGGUUUACUGGUCUGCUACACCCACUCAGGUCAGAAGGUGUUCUUGGUUCUUCAAAGGCCCCACUGAGUCCCGGUACACGCCUUAUGAGGAACAGAUUGCGGCGAGGCUUGAAGAAGAGUAUAAGCAGGCUUGCUUGAGUAACUCUUGGAAUCGGCGGGUUGAACUUAGCAAUAAUGAACACAUCAUUUUUCAUAGCGCUACUGUUCAAGUUCAUUAUACACCUGCUACUUCACUUGAAUUCAAUUCUUCGUGGAGCAAUAGCUAUAAUGUUGCAAAUCGACCAAAACUCGUUAAACGUGGCUUAGACGAAUUAAAUAUCGACGAGGGAGAGCCUGAAGCAAUAGACCACUUGCUGUUCCUUGUUCACGGUAUAGGCAGCGCCUGUGAUUUAAAGUUCCGCAGCGUUGAAGAAGUUGUCGACGAGUUCCGAAGUAUAUCUUUGCAAUUGGUCCAGACUCAUUACCGUACAGAAACCGACCAUGGUAGAGUACACAGAAUAGAAGUGCUGCCAAUAUCAUGGCACUCGACGCUCCACUCAGAAGACACGGGGAUAGACAAUAAACUGAAAACAAUAACAUUAGAGAGCAUACCCAAGCUGAGGCACUUCACCAAUGAUACAUUGCUUGACAUACUUUUUUAUACCAGUCCUGUUUACUGUCAGACCAUUAUGCAAGCUGUUGGGAAUGAGAUGAAUAAACAGUACGCUUUAUUUAAAGAACGUAAUCCGCUGUUUAAUGGAAGUGUUUAUUUGGGUGGUCAUUCGCUGGGUAGUUUAAUUUUAUUUGAUUUGCUCUGCCACCAGAAACCGAUUGUUGAUAAACCCAAAGAAGAUGUUACCUCUGAAAAUGAAAAUUCUGAAGAUGAAGAUACCGUCGGUGAAAUGCAGACAAUACCGCGAGCUAAAUUCGAGCGACGUACCAGCCGUAGAAUAAGUUACGUAAUGGGUAGCGCUGGAACGGGACAGCCUUUUAUUGUUUAUCCGCAUCUUAAUUUCUAUCCAAAGGCAUUUUUCGCGUUUGGUAGCCCUAUUGGAAUGUUCGUGACGACUCGCGGUAUCGAUAAUUUAGGGUCUGACUUUAGAUUGCCAACUUGUCCGGCGUUUUUCAAUAUUUUUCAUCCGUUCGAUCCAGUGGCCUACAGAAUUGAACCUAUGGUUAACCCAGAGGCCUACAAAUAUCCGCCUCAGUUAAUUCCGCAUCAUAAGGGAAGAAAACGAAUGCAUUUAGAAUUAAAAGAAACGAUGGCGAGAGUUGGAGCUGAUUUGAAACAAAAAAUCCUAAAUUCAAUGAAAGUAACUUGGAACUCGGUCUUUCAGUUGACUUCAUUCUACCAACCAGACAAUAAAGCUCUCGAGCAGGAGAUUGAAAAAGUCGUCGAGGAGGAAUUUAAAAAAUCAUCAAGACUUGCUGAAUCAUCAGCCAAUAGUAAUAAUGAUAAGAAUGAAGAUAAUGAUAGCAGCGAAGCUGGUCGUUAUUAUCACGACGAUCGGCUAAGUGAUGCUGGUGAAAUAAAUAUUAAGAUGGGCAAACUCAAUGGAGGCCGUCGUAUCGAUUAUGUGUUACAAGAAGCACCAUUUGAAUAUAUUAAUGAAUAUAUAUUUGCCUUAACGAGUCAUGUGGAAUCCGAAGACACGAUGUUGCUGAUAUUAAAAGAGAUAUAUGGAAGUAACGGAAUCCAAGCUGAUGCCCAGUUACCACAACAGCUGUUGACACCGACCAGCGUGUCUUUUUCAUCAUCAGAUUCUCUGUCUUCGCCGUCACACGAGCUCCCGUCUACCUCGGCGUCUCAUCCUCAUCCUCUUUCAACCUCACCCGCACUCCAGGGUGUCGAUCCCACGGCUCCAAUCACCCAGAAGUCCGUCGGGCCGCCUCCGAUCUCUGGUUUUGUUCGAAAGUCGUAG